UGUCUUUUUAGUUUGCAGAUAGAUAAAGAAAGAUAAAGAUAGCCUAAUGUCAACUUGAUUUGUUUGAAAGGUGUCACACGAUUGAUUAUUUCUUGUAUCAGUUAGGUGACUAGUUUUCGGACUGUUGUUAUGUUGAGAUGAGAAGCCUACAUGUGAUUCACGUGAUUUUAUAAAUAAUAUUGUAUUUUACGGUAUUUAUUUAAUUAAUAACAUAUUUAGAAUAAUGGCAGAUGUAAGAUUGUUAAUUCGUGAAGAAGGUAGAACAGCUAGAAAUCUGGUUGCAUUUAAUGUACCAGUGGGUACUAAUAAUAAUGAAAGAGUUACCAAAAAACCACCAAGUGUUCCACGAAUAAUUUCGUCUACUAAUAUGAAAAGGAAUAUUAAAACUUCAACACGAGUACGAUCAGCGUCAACUGGUCGUGAUAAAAAAUCUGAACUACAAGCAAGAUACUGGGCUUUUUUAUUUGGAAAUUUACAAAGAGCUGUUGAUGGUAUUUAUCAAACUUGCGAAGAAGACGAAAACAUAUCAGAGUGUAAAGAAGUUAUUUUAGUAUUAGAAAAUUAUACCCGUGACUUUCAUAAUCUUAUCGAGUGGUUUAAAGUUAAAUGGGCGUAUGAAAAUUCACCGCCUCCAUUGAGACAAGCUCCACUUGCUUGGGAAGUAAGAAAAACUUCACCCUGUAGAAUGUGGAAUUCUUCAGUAGCUAAAUGCUCUAGUCCGUCUCAAAGAUUGAGCCCAACGUGUCAAAGUCCAGAUGAUCCGAUUGUUGAGAAUAAAAUUUCAAGUAACGCUGAAAAAUUAUUAAAUUCUAUACGCGAUGCUUGUGAUUACAGAAAAAUUAAAGACAGCAAAAAUUUAUCGAGAAAAGAUGCGAGUAACCUGAAAGAUACACGAAGAAGUUCUGUAGAUCGUGAGAGUGAUAGAAUAUGCAGAGAGUUUUCUUCAGUUAGUAAAGUUGGAAGAAAUUUGAUUAAAUCUUCGACGGCUAAUAGAAUAAUUAGUAAUGUUACCGGUAAAAAAUCAAAUGAAAUAAAUUGCGACGGUAAAAAUACUAGUGUCAAUAAAGAGAAUAAAAGUAAUGAAACUGGAGCACUUAAAAGGAUUCACAGUGUAGCUGAUAUAGAGAGGAUUAAAAAUAAAACCAAUGGAACAUUAACUGAAUUAUCUAGACUUGAGAAUGACAGAGUUUCAGUAGACAGUAAAAAUGUGAAUAGAAAUACUUCAAAUAGUUCUACAAGACCUAGAUCUACUCCGAAUCCUUCUAGACCGUAUGCUGCUGUUUCGCAAGCCCAAAGAUCGACGAGCCAACUGCCUGAGGCACCGAAAAUAAUCAGAAGCAAGACAAGCUUGAAUGUACGAGAAGUCUCGAGUGUCAGCAAAGCCAGACCAGGUUCUUCGGUGAUGGUUAGAAGACGGCUACAGCGGUUGAGAAAUGAUAGAACUUUAGAAGAAUCCAGUGAUAUCAGUGGGUCCGUUGAGGUACUGUCCAAACAAACUGCUCAGAGCAGAAAAUCUUCGGAAGACAGCGAUGGCUGGCAGACAGUACGCGGUAGAUGUCGACGAGGAAGUUCUCAUAGUAUGAGCAUGUCUACGAGAUUUCAUCGACCAACCACUGCCACUUCUUUGCCCGCAUUGUCGAUCGAGAGUCCGAAUGAAAAACGAAAAAAAAAUGUUGUUUCUGUUUCUAACGCAACGUCAAACAAAGAUUUUGCUGGUGAAAAAAUGAGCAUGAUUAAAUUUGAUGAUAAGGGGAAAAAUAUAUUCGCUAUUAAUGGUAAACAAAAAUCAUUUGAUGACGAAUCUAGAAAAGAAAAUUUAGUGCCAAAUGUUGACUGUGAGACCAAUUCAACUUCUGUAAUCGCAGCGAUUUUUAAAAGUGAAGCUGAGUUACUUGAAAAAAGAAUUCAACAGUUUAUGACCGCUCAAGCUGAACGAGAAAGAAUUAUUUUAGAGGAGGAAAGAAGGACAGAAGAAGCUGAUUCUAAAAGAUCUCAACAGUUGUCUGAUGAAGAAGCGUCUCUUCAAAGGCAAAUUAAAGAGUUAGAGUCUACGGAAAUUGACAUUGACACGGAAACAGAUGAGACAGAUGGAGAGAUGAUGCUGGAGAUUGAAGAAGAUGAAAUUCCUGAAACUAUAAAUGAAGUUGUUGAUGACAUUAGUCUUGAGGAUCGCUACGAGAAUAUGUUAGAAGGCAUGUCUUGGGCUGAGCGAGUAGAUACUUUAGCGCAAUUACAAGCUCUCGUUGCCAGGCAUCCUGGUAGAGCUCUGGAACUUCAUCAAAAACUUUCUUCACCGUCUCGGAAGCGAUCUUUGCCGGAAACUUUGAGAAGAUAUCAAGCCAAACAGGCUUGUGCUCAACACAAACGUUUGAAACUUCUCUCAGAGAAGUCGCAGCGUCUUCGUGAAUUACUUAAUAAAGUUGAGGAUGUUAAGAGGGCUAAAGACCAGUUGACAGAAGACAAGAGGCUAAGAAUGGAAUUGAAGCUCAAGAGAGCUGAAGAGAACCGGACCCAACAUUUGUUGGAAGUUGUACGGAAAGCUCAUGAUGAAGAUUCUAAGCUGAAGGAAAUAGCUUUUAUAAAUGAACUGGAGGCACAGAAUAAGCGGCAUGAUUUUAUGGCGCUUUGUCAAGAACAGGAGGAACGUCUUCAGGGGAUUCAAGAGGAGCGACAGAGAAGGCAGGAGGAAAAAGCCGCGAAAGAAGCUGCUGCUGAAGAGCGGAGACGUGCGUUAGAAGCUGAACGACUCUUGAGGAUCCAGAAGAUGCGACAGACGAGGCGUGAGCGGGAAGAGCGAGUGGGUAAAAUGCAGCUUGAGAAGGAAAAAGAGCGACUGGAGUUGGCUAGGGAGAAAGCUAGAGAUCGGGAGGAGCGACUGAGUGCGCUUCACGCUGCUCAGCUGGCCAAUCAGGAGGAAUUGCAGAAGAAAAUAGCGCAAAAACAACAGGAGUCUGCUAGAAGGCAUGGCGAAAAUAUUGAACAUAUAAGACAGCGUGCUGUUGAAUUGUCCAUUUUAAGGAUGGAAGAAAUUCCACCGACGUUGAAAUUUUAUCCAGCUCAGAAGCAAUGCUCGCUUUGUGGGACUCUGAUACUCAAUGAGGUCUGUUUAGUUAGUCACUUGAAGGGAAAACAACACUUGGAGGCUGUUAAAAAAAUGCAUGAUGGCAGAGAACCGUCCCGAGAUGAUUUACACAAGUUUAAUAUUGCUCAGAUCAAAGACAUCCAGGUGUCUAGUGCUGGUGAUGAUAAGGCUGCUAAAGAGAAGCAAAAAGCCUUGAAGAGGAGAAGUAGGAAACUUAAACAGCGUAUGACAGCUCGGGGACAAGAGUGGAAAAAUUCACAGGGGGAAAAUGGACAAAAUCUUGAGUCGAGUAAUAAAACGAAGUUGAGGAGGAACUUGAAGGAGUUGGAUCGAUUGUGUAGCAGUCAUGGGAAAUCUACAUGGUCUAGUGUUGCUAUUGCUGGGCUUGAGAGAUGCUUAGGAGAAAUUGGAAGGAUCUUUAAUAAAUCUAGUUCCGUUGAUCAAGAUGUCUUCCGAUCGCUAAAUGGAUUUGAGACUUUGACUAAUUUAUUAAAUCUCGGUGUUAAUAUUCAGAAUAAUUCUCACACUCUGCCGAAUAAGAGUAUUAUAUCAAUUUGCCGGAUCUACAAAGCCAGUGUCAACGAUCAUUCAAGUAACAUCGAAGCUGUUUUACUUAGCAAUAAAAUUCUGACGAUUCUGGAUCUUCUGUUGCAAAGAUUUGAGGCGGUUGCUAGUUUGGAUGACGCUGCACAGACUCAGGAAUCGACGAUGAACACCAGUAAUGCCGGCGUUGCAACUGCGGCUAUUCAAUUACUCUGCAGUCUUGUACCAGAAGUGCCUUCCAAUAAAUCAGUCAUACAGAGUCGUCUCAACGACAUCAUCGGAUUCCUGGUAACUGGAGGCCUGGUGGACCGCGUGACUCGUCACAACCGGGCGCUCAUUGAAACUGAUUACCUGCUCGAGCAAGAACACGAAUCUCCGCUCCUCCUGGCAUCCUACGACCUUCUGCGUCGGCUUACAUGUCACCUGAAACGUGUCAAUAAUCAUGAUAGCAAUAAUUUUAAUGUAAAUCACGAGUCUGAGCAAACUAGUGCAGAAUCUCACCUGUUGGGAUGUCUCGAGUCAACUGAAGCCGCCGGAGCUAUUGGGUGUCUUUACGCAACAUUUGCUUUGGCUCACCAGAAAUGUACUUCACCCACACCUGGGCAAACUGGCUCAUCGUCCUCUUCUGCGAAACUCAUGGCUUUGCGGACUCUCAAAUUGUUGAAGUCUAUUGGUCAAGUGGAUCUUCUAACUCUUCAGAAAUUGCUGGGAGCUGAGGGUACUAGUUUGCAGUGGCGGUUAAUAGCGAGCCACCUGAUCACCAGGUUUCUGAAGGAGGAACCUCUUGAAGAAAUAAAAGACACUUGUGCGGCCACCCAGAGUUCACCAACGGCAGUCCUGAUUCUUACCGAGCUGUUUACUGUUCUCGGUUACUUUGCCGUCAAUAAUACCGAUAAUCAGUUAGUUCUUCAGACCGCUGGCGCCGGGUCUAGUGUUCUUCAACAACUUUGUACAUUACCUUUUCCAUUUUAUGGUGAUCCUAGACUAGCGCCGUUUACUCUUCCGACACUUCUUGCGGCGACACAUAAAAAUUCUGAAGCUACUGCCGUCCUUUCAUGUGAAAUGUCCUACCAGCUUUUAGAAGAAUAUAGAGACUCGGAAGAAGGUAAAAGACAUUCUUUAAUUCGCUUGAUGAAGGAAACAAACUCUCCAUAAGCUCCAACUCAGCAAUUGCGGAUUUUCUUUAUCACACACUUAUAAAAUAAUUCCAAAUAAUGAUUAGACUAGUAA